AUGCCCCCCUUCGACUACGCUCCCCCACCUUACGUGGGGCCCACCUCGUCCGAAAUCCUUGCCAAACGGAAGCAAUUCCUCAGCCCUUCCAUGUUCUACUUCUACAAAGAACCUAUCAAUGUGGUUCAUGGUAAAAUGCAAUACUUAUACGAUGAAACGGGCCGGAGAUACUUAGACUCGUUUGGCGGCAUUGCCACCGUGUCGUGUGGCCAUUGCCACCCUCACGUGGUGGAGGCAAUCGUCAGGCAAACAAAAACCCUUCAGCACUCGACUAUUCUCUACCUAAACCACUCGAUUGCCGAUUUUGCCGAGGCCCUGGCUUCAAAGCUACCCGACGAGCUCAAAGUCGUAUUCUUCACUAAUUCGGGGACGGAGGCGAACGAGCUAGCGAUGAUGAUGGCUCGACUUUACACGGGCUUUCACGACGUCGUAUCACUAAGGAAUUCGUAUCAUGGAAAUGCAUCAGGAACAAUGGGAGCUACUGGUCAAUGUAACUGGAAAUUCAAUGUUGUUCAGAGUGGAGUUCAUCAUGCCCUGAAUCCAGACCCGUACAGAGGCCCGUUUGGUUCGGAUGGCGAAAAGUACGCAAAGGAACUCGAGGAUUUGAUUCAGUUCGGGACUUCGGGUCACGUAGCUGCGUUUAUAUCAGAGGCUAUUCAGGGAGUUGGUGGAAUUGUGGAAUUAGCUCCAGGCUACUUGCCGGCCGUGUACAGAAGCAUCCGGAAAGCGGGAGGCCUUUGCAUUGCGGACGAGGUCCAGACGGGAUUUGGUAGAGUCGGGAGCCAUUUUUGGGGAUUCGAGACUCAAGGCGUUGUGCCCGACAUAGUCACAAUGGCUAAGGCGAUUGGAAACGGGAUCCCGCUAGGUGCAGUCGUGACUACUCCUAAGAUUGCUGAGGUAUUGACUCGUAGAAGCUACUUCAACACUUUUGGAGGGAAUCCCGUUUGCACGGCAGCUGGAUUAGCCGUGCUUAGAGUGAUCGAGAAUGAAAACCUUCAAGAAAACGCACACAUUGUCGGCUCGUACCUAAAAAAGCGACUCGAUGAUCUUAAACAAAAACAUGAAAUUAUUGGUGAUGUGAGGGGAAGAGGAUUUAUGCUUGGAGUUGAACUAGUCACCGACAGAAAGGCGAAAACUCCAGCAAAGGUCGAAAUUCUUCGAGUGAUGGAUCAAAUGAAAGAUUUGGGAGUGCUGAUCGGAAAAGGAGGAAUUCACGGCAAUGUUUUCAGAAUUACGCCUCCCCUGUGCUUUAGUCGAGCAGAUGCUGAUUUUCUGGUAGAUGUGAUGGAUUAUGCAUUGGCCAAGCUGUGA